UAUGUGUGUGUACUAGAGACUGUAUGUUUUCAAUAUUAUAUAAAAUAAAUAUAAUAUAAACUACAUACAUUUAGCCUGUAUAAAGUAUUAGCACAUUAUUGUUUGAGUAUGUAUAUUUUUUUGACAGUGCCAUGAACUGACAAACAUAAAUGUUCUUUUUCUUCAAGUGUCCUGUGUCGUGGGUAUGGUGGUGGAGGAGGUGAAGAUGGAGGACGAAGAGGAAGAGGUCAGGAGAGAGGGAGAGCGAGAGGGAGAGGUGAAGAUGGAGGGCGCAGAGGGAGAGGUGAAGAUGGAGGUGAGGAUGGAGGACGAAGAGGAAGAGGAAGAGGGAGAGGUGAAGAUGGAGGACGCAGAGGGAGAGGUGAAGAUGGAGGUGAGGAUGGAGGACGCAGAGGGAGAGGUGAAGAAGAGGGUGAAGAUGGAGGACGUAGAGGGAGAGAUCGGAGCCGCUCGCCACUCCAAAGAUGGAAGAAUGUGGACGAGCCUGAUGACGGUGUCCCUCCCCCACUCCGAUUCAACCCAAGGCGCACUCCAGGUGUCCAGCCUCCAAUACACCUGGGGAUCCCCUCUCCGGGUGAAAUUUUUUCUUUUUUUUAUGAUUUGCCAGUCCUGAGGCUCCUCUGUGAAUACACCAACAAAAACGCAGAGCAAAACCAGCAGGCCGGAAAGAAGUUCGUCUGGAAUAAGAUCCAUCCGGCGGAAAUGAAGCACUUCCUUGGUCUGCUGGUUUACAUGUCAGUGUUGGAGCUCCCCAAAAUUAGCGACUACUGGCGCCAGGCAACCAUUUUUCGUGUCCCCUUCCCGGCCACCGUCAUGGCCCGCGACCGUUUUUUAGCCAUACUGUCCAACAUCCACAUGAGUGACCCUGAAAAAACAGCUGAAGAGGAGAGGAAGAGGGGGACGGAGCAGUACGACCAUCUACAUAAGGUUAGACCCCUGAUGGACUUGGUCAAGACCCAAUGUAAAGCCAUCUAUCACCCGAGGCAGCACAUUGCGGUGGACGAAAGGAUGGU